CCAACGCUAGGUCUCUGCAUUGCAUCUCUUUCUCUCUUCCUUUUUCCUUUAUACCCUUCGCCUCUUGCCAUGUCGGAUAUAGCCAGGCAGAGAAGAUCGAGCAUCUCGUCGCCGGCUAGAUCCUCCAAGAAACCCGGAGCGCCCAAGGCUAAAGGGACGGUGCGCGCUAAGUCGGGCUGCUAUACGUGCAGAAUACGCAGAAAGAAAUGCGACGAGCGUCAGGAUCAGUACGGCAAUUGUGAAACUUGCGUCCGUCUCAGACUACAAUGUUUGGGCUUCGGGGCCAAGAGGCCCGACUAUCUCAAGAAUACCAAGAACGUCGCCGACUUCCGGGAGAAGAUAAAGUCUUUCCUCGCCUCAAAUGGCAUGAUCAAAGGUCAUUCCAACCCAGGGACGCGCUCCCCCGACGAAGAACCUACCAUGCUUCGCCUCGUUGAUGAACAUCGCCAUUCUUCGUCCGUGUCGAGCCCCCAAUCCGAAUCCAUGUCCUCCCCCGACUCUCAUGACGGCUACCGGUCCCAUCUACUGACAUCACAUGUCCGGGACCCUGAGCCCCACUACGAACUAUCCAUGCCGGGGGACUCUUCCUACCCUCACAGCAUACAUCAACACAUUCAUCAUCAACAGCUUGCUCCCGAUUCACCUCCGUGUCCGCCUCGGCGCCUGACAGCAGGCGAUCCCGAUAUCUUGAAUCCUCUGACAAUGCCACCGUCCAUGUCGUCUAAUAGCUUAUCUCUUGUUUCAUCCUCUCCCGGAUCUUGGCAUAAUGAACCCGCCUUUUCUGUUGCGCCGUAUCGCAGUCUCCCACCGCCAGCACGAAGUUACGCCACAUACAGCUCGUUCGGCCCGUUAUACCACCACCAUCCCUACGGCACAGAAGAUAUUCAUGAGAACCCUGAUGAUUACAUUUCACCGAGUCCACCAGCACACACGAUUCCUUCUAUGGCCAUGGCACCGCUCGCGUUCCCGAAUAAUGACCUGGUACACUACUACUUCAACACCGUAGUUCGCCAGCAAUACCUACUCGCCGAUGAGACCGUCUUCCAUAAUAUUAUGGAGAUGGUGUCAGGGAGCACCUCGGCGUACAACGCUGCAUGUUUCCUUUCCUCUCUUCAUAAGCAGCGGGGCCUGGAGUCGAACGGUGCGUUCUAUGAGAAUGUGAAGAUGGCUUUGUUACGGCCAAACCGCACACCGACCGAAGGCGAUAUCAUGGCAGGUCUCAUCGUCAUCUCGUCCUUCCUGUUCAAAGGUGGGAGAGGCUCGUGGCAGAACUUCCUGGACGUCGCGCGGAACUGGGCAAAACAGAUUUUGGAGGAUCAACGCUUCGGUGGACCAGAGCGCGUCUUGAAGAACUGUUCGCCAGGUACACGCUUUAUCCUCAAGACCACUAUGUGGUUCGAUGUCCUUGCCUCUAUCACCGAGAUCCGAUGUCCACAUCUGAUCGGUGUGUACCGUGAGCUCUACGCACGGUGGGGCGAUUCGGGUGAAGAUGAUCCGGAUUUGUCAAUGGUCAAACCUAUGGGCUGCGACAACCAGACAUUCCUAGCAUUAGCGGAGACCAGCUACCUUGCCUGGUGGAAAGAGUCUCAACAAAAGCAGAAUCGCCUCAGCGUCAUCGAGCUUAUAGAGCAAGGCCGAGACAUCGAGAAGCGGCUCAAGCCUCAAGGCGCUGCGUUCGUCGGCACGGCGAGUGCGGUGGACGACCGGCAUCGACUGACCUGCAAUAUUUUCCGGGCGUCGGCACGUCUUUACCUUCACUCCAUAUUGUCGGGUGAUUAUCCCAACUGUCCGGAGAUAUCAAACGCAGUCGACGAAACUGUCCAAUGCCUCAAGGCGAUACCACCUGAUGGCAAUCUGCUGCGUUCCAUCGUCCGGAGCGUCGUCUUCAGUAUCUGCAUCUGCGGCUGUCUCACCGACGACCGUGCGCACCGAGAGUAUCUUCUGGAUCGGCUGAGGGAGCAGGAGAGGGUGUCUGAGAUAGGGAACUGCAGCACGGUCAAGUCCGUCAUGCAGAUUGUCUGGGACAGACGGGAUGCGAUGAACAGGUACGACGGUGGCCGGAGCGGCUCGAAAUGGCAGCAGCAAUACCCGAUCAACUGGAGAGAGGUUAUGCACGAAAAUAACCAGGGCUUGCUGUUGUUGGUUUGAUUGACUAUGUCUCUUUCGGCUCCCCUUUCUUUGCCUUCCCAAGUCACUUUCGUAUGCAUCGCACAAGGAUGGCUGGUGCUGUGCGCUGCGCAGGACGUUGGAUUGUCUGAUUGCUUGGAUCUCGCGGCUCGGAAGUCUCGUGUUGCUCCUGUAUUUCUACUGAAUGCCGAAGUGCUCACAUGCAUCUACGUAUACCUCAGCUUAGUCCAAUAUCACCG